UUUAGUCUGGAAAAAGAUGUCGGCGAGGGCGCUGCUUGUUGGUGAAUCCUCGAGUUUUUAGUCCAAUUUAGUGGGUGAAAAAGUGUUCAUUUCCUCCCAAAAUUGUGUGCAAUCCGUGCUGUGGGAAGUCAUCUACCACAAAAAAGUGUGUUCAGUGGCAUUGGAGCCAGGGAUUGGUGGUUAGAGAGGACACAGAAGGAGAGAAAGGAAGUGUCUGGUGGUGGGUGUUGUUGUGGCAGCAAAUUUUGGGGGAUUCUUCUUUUUUGUCGUUGGAGGAGUUGAAAAUUCCGCUUUGUGGCCCACUUUUUUUGCCGCAUCUUCCAUCGCACAGAGAGCCAAGCAAGAGACUCCACCAGCCAGCAUCCAUUUAAUCUCAGUGGGAGAACGUCUGUGGAUGUAAACAAAGACGCGAAAGAAGCAGACAGGAGAAAUUCACACAGUAGUGUUUUUGGAGCACAAACAAGCACGCAAUGAUGGCGAGACUCAAUCAUUUUGCAAGACUGUUCUUCUGGUUUUCACUACCAUUUGCUGUGAUUGCCACAAAGGAUGCUCACAAGGAUGUAGCGAGAAUAUUGGAUUUCAAGGAGACAUCUUUCUCCAAUUGGGAACAAAAUGUCACGUAUGUUAGCUCAACGGGUUAUCACGCACGAGGUAUGGCACCCAUGUAUGACAUCACAAAUCGCGUGUUGGAUUUAUUUAUUGGACCCGAUGCAUUACCCGAAGGUUACAUCAUUGUAUCAGAUCGGAGUGUUGCUUUGGGGCCAAAAGUGCAAAAUCACGAAUAUGGUGAUUUAGCAAAGCACUAUUGGGCCAUUUUGGUAGUUGUCUCCCUGGCGGCUCUCAUCGUUGUUCUCACGCCAAUUGUUGGAUUCUGCUUCUGCUGUUGCCGCUGUGCUGGAGCAUGUGGUGGACGAUCUCAACCAUUUGACAAGAAGCACGACACUUGCCGUCGUGUCUUCCUCGGUUUAUUCCUCAUUUGUGCCGGGACGGGAAUUGUUUUUGGUGUUGUGGUGGCAUUUGUAACAAACAGCUAUAUGCAGCAUGGUGUUGAGAAUGCCACAACGUCUGCCAAGGAGGCUGUCGAUGAUACACGGUUGUUCCUGAAGACAACAUCAGGGGAGAUAAAUCAUUUACUCGUGCGAAAUUACAAUGAAUUGUCCCAUCAUCUGCAUCAAAUGCUCAAUGAGACGGCCACGGUGACAAUGACGAGGCUGGAUGAGGCCUCAAAUGCAAUUUCCCUUACACAGCUCAAUGAUUUUGUACAAACACUGCCGCAGGUUAGAGGGAAUCUCGAACGUCUCAAGGAUCUCACAAAUGAUUUACGAACUAAUGCAUCACAAUUGAAUGAUGGACUAAGGGGUGUUAAAAGGGAACUUUUGCACUCACUCAGUAAUUGUGCCGCAGCCGCAUGUCGUGAAGUUGAGGAACAAUAUCAAAUUGGAACGCUCGAUUCAAAUGGCUAUGACUACAAUCAGCUGCCAGAUGUGACGAAUACAAUUGAGAAUGUGAAAACAUUGAUAAGUGGAAAAUUAAUGACCUCCUUGGCGGAUGGGCAGCAAGUUGUGGAGGGUGUAAAGAAGAAGAUAAAUGAUGUGAUUGGUGAGAAUAUUCCGCGUGUGAGUAUGGCCAUCAAUGAGGCUGGACUUGCCAUGAGGGAUGUCUCCAAUGAAGUUACAAAAACAAUCGAUAGAAUUUCCGAUCUUUCCGGGAAUUAUACAUAUAAAUACUUUGAUAUGGCCGAUGACUACAUCCGGGAGUACAGUGUCUAUCGAUACUAUGCCGGUCUUGCCAUUAGUUCCGUACUCCUUCUCAUCCUCCUUUGCAUCUCAAUGGGAUUACUCUGUGGCAUUUGUGGCAAACGACCCGAUGGCUAUGGGGAUGAUUGCUGCAAUAAAGGCGCCGGUGGAAGAUUUCUCAUGAUGGCAGUAGCUGUGAUCUUUCUCACACUUUCUUUGCUCACAUUGGCAGCUCUAAUUCAAUUUCUUGUUGGAUUAGUUGCUCACCGUGCUGUCUGUGUAUCACUCAAAAAUCCAUCUAAUGAUCAAAUUUUCAAUCAUGUGGAUCAUCUCAUUGAUCUCAACACUGUGAUGUAUCCAUCGUCUUCCAAUACACGCGGAAAGAGUGGCAAAGUGCGACAGUAUCAGCGUGAAACGACACCAUUUAGGAUUUCUCAAGUUAUUGAGGCAUGUCAUGGCAAUAAGGCUGCCUAUGAGGUGCUCCAAUUGCGUAAUUUCCGUGAUAUUGGUGAAAUUCGUGAAUACCCGGAGCUGUACAACAUCGAUGGGCUUCUGGAUGAUUUAAUAAAGAGCAUUGAGAUUGAGAGUAAUCUCCAAAUACUCAGCAAUGAUGCUCGUGAGGAGAUUCAGAGGCUCGCUGUGUCGGAACUCAAUGAUUUCCCAGCAUAUAAAUUCGAGCAAUACCUCACGGAUGACAUUACAAAGAUCAAUUUAACGGAAUUGGCGCUAAAACUUGAGGAGACGGCAAAUAAAAUUCCCAAUUCCCCGAAUAUGAAUGAGAUUCGUGUGAGUUUGCGCAAUCAGGCGUUGCACCUGAAGACGUACCAAACAAGCCUCGUAGCACCCAUGACAGAUGGGAAGAAUGAGAUUCUUGCACUUGCACAGGAUCUCGAUAAGACACUCCAUUUCAAUUCAGACAGCUUUGAGCAGGCAAUUAAUAAGUUUUUAGCUGAAACGGAUAAAGCGCAGGAGUUUAUUAAUCAAAAUGGAACGCAAUUUGUAAGGCAAGUUAUUGGGGAGCUCACAACGGGCUUCCGCAAUGAGAUCACGUCCUAUUUGGAGCUUGUUAUAACAACCAUGGAGAAUAAAGUUGGACGUUGUGGUCCAAUUAGUAAUGUCUACAAUGCCACACUCGUUGCAGUUUGCAAUAGAGUCAUUGAUCCUUUGAAUGGAUUCUGGGCUGGUGUUGGAUGGUGUGUACUCAUUUUUAUCCCAACAGUCAUUUUAUGCGUAAAACUAUCGAGUCUAUAUCAGAAAUCUGAUCCCUAUCCGGGACCUCUUGUUGAAAGUGAAUAUUUGUACGAUGCUUAUAGCGAGAGGGACAACAUUCCAUUGGCAAAUGGACCAAAACACAAGAGGCGCAAUAAGAAAUACGAACGACGAAGGAAUUCACGUGAUCCACGGGAUUACUAUGAUGAUUCCAACUCUCCAGGCGGUUCCAGGGACAAUCGCUACAGUGAUAUGGCUCCCAAACAUUGGGAAGGAGGACCGCCUAGAUACCAAAAUCCACCCAUGGCCCCACCUGCCUCUGAAUACGAACGUCCACCGCCAUACUAUUUCCCAGGUGCACCAAGUGAGCACGAUUAAAAGAAAAAAAAACCAUUACAUCCCAUUCCAUCCGCAUGCAGAAAUUUCUUUGCGUGCAAUGAAAGUAAAAGAAAAAAAAAGUGAAGGAAGCAGCCACAAUGCAUUUUUUUGAUUUAUCCCAUGUGAGUCCUGAUGAGAGAAAGAUUUACAGAAAGAAAAACCUUUUUCUUUAGCAAUUAAGGUAAUAUAAAGCAAAAAUCAAUAAGAAAAUGAUCUUGCUCGUGAUUUAUUCUUUUUUUUUUUAAAUAAAUUUAAUGAUUUAUUUGUUGGAGGAAUUUCUGAAUUGAAACCAGAAAAUUCUUUUUUUUUGAGAAAAUUUUUUUUUAAAUGAAAACUAAAGGAAUUUCACAAUAUUAGUAACAAAAAAGAUAUAGAAAUUUCUCAAAUUAAUUUAGGAGUUUGUUUCCUUAUAAAAAUUAUUUAGAAAAAGAAAAAUAAUUCGUUUAAUUGAAUUUUAGGUGAUUUACAAGACAAACAAUUUCUUCUUUUUCCAGAAAAAAAUGGUAAGAAAGAAGAAAGUAAAAGAUUUGAGUGAGAUAAAUUGGAGGUAUAAUUGAGAGAAAAAAAAUAUCUAUAAACUGCCAUUUUAUUGAUAAGAAAUUGAUAAACUUUCUCACUUGCGAGAGAACCAAUUUUAUGUGUGCGUGUAUUGAAUUCCAUAUAAACUUCCUUCCCCACACAUCUUUAUUUCCUUCUUUCCUCCCUUCUUUGCCAUAAAAAAAACUCACAAACUUAUCCUUUUUUCCAUCCUUCAAUAUAUAAAAGAUUUAUUACCACAACUUAUAAUUUUAAUUAACAAAUCAAUAUAAAAAAAAAAAUAUGUGCAAGAAUUUGCAAAACCAAUGAGAUUAAAAUGAAAACUUUUUUUUUUUAAUUUAUUAAUUAAGAAUUAAAAUAUAGAAAAAAAGAAAGAUUUAAUAAGAGAGAUAGACAAUGAAUUUCCCAAAGCAUCACUCACAAGUUAUUGGAAUUUAAUAAAAGAAGAAAAAUAAAUAAAUAGAAAUAUUUUUUGUGUGUAAAUAUUUUAAAUAUAUAAUAAUAGAAAUGAUAUUUUUGUUCGGAUUUGUGUAAUAAAAAGAAAACUUAAAAGAAAUUCUUCUUCUCAAUGUCACAGACAAAAAUGCAAAACUAAAAUAUUAAAUGUUGGACAUUUUGGGAACUUUGAAAAUUCUUCUUCAAAUUUUGCACUAAAAGAGCUUGAAUAUAAAAUCAAUUUGAAUUUUUUUUUUAUUGAGGUAAAAAUACAGAAAAAAAAGAAUUUUUCAAAGCUUCUCAAAACAUCUUUUUACUGUAAAACAGGAAUUUAAACAUUUUUUCCAACUUGACGUAGUAUUUUGCUAAUAAAUAAAUGAAACCCAUUCUUCCUUGCCCAAGAACAUUUUAAUUUACAUUUAAAGUUUUUUUUUCUUUAAUUAAAAUGUUCACAAUUCAAGGAUUUUUAGAGAUGAAGAAAAGGCUGAUUUUUACUCCUUUAAAUGAAUGAUGAAAAAAAACAAGGUAUAUAUUUAAAAAAAAAUGCAAAAUCAUUAUGUAGUAAUUAUAUAUUAAAAAGAAAAGAAAAUAUUAAUGAAAAAAAAACAUUUUAGCCAAUACUAUAUACGAAUCUACUUGAAAUCCAUCUCAUUAUCGUAUAUCUUAUUGAAAGAACUUUCUUAUCUUAAUAUUCUUCCUUGCCCUUCCUCAAAGAAACAAAAUCAAGAUAAUUCACAAAAGAAUCUUUGAAAAUCUUUAAAAAAAAAUAUAAUUUUAAAAAAAAAUGCAACGUUUUCUGUGCAAAUGACGUGAAUUAAAUAAAAAAAUUCAAAGCAUUUUUAUACAUUAAACAUGAAUGUAAAAAAAAAUGUGAAGAAAUAUUUAAAUGUGAUUUUCUCGUUAAUUAAAAAAAUAUAUUAUAAUCCAUUUUUUAUUACAUCGCAUCAACAUUAAGGACUUUUUUUUUUCUUUAGUUUUAGUUAAUGCAAAAUCAGUGAGAGAGAAAAAUGAUAAAAUGUAGUCAUUCUCUAUUUAGUAAUAAAAUAUCAAAAUACAUUGCGUAUUAAAAAAAAAAUUGAUAAAAAAUAAUCAACUUCGGAGGAUUAUUGAAGGAGAGGAGACAUUAAAUGUAAUAAAGUUGAAUGAGACGGAAA